GCACUUUUCUCAGCACUGUCGCGCGGAGCCGUGCGCGUGUGAGUGUGUGUGUGUCUCUGUAGCAGCCCGGGGCUUCCGUGACGGCAGCGUGGCCUCCGCUUCGCGCGCCCUGACCAGGGGGGAGAUUCAGCAUCGUCCUGCGGAGUCCAUGCCAUUGCUGCCUUGAAAGCGCAGCCCCAGCUGGAUAAGCCGAGCGCUCCGAGAAGAAGAAGAAAAAGAAGAAGAAGAAGACGCGAGACGCGCGAGACGGACGCCCAAGCGAGCUUCGGCUGAGCCAAGCGAGAAGAAUAUGAUGUUGAAACAGCACUUGCUUUUCGUGCUCUACGGCAUCUGCGGGACUGUCAUUAAAGAGGCAGCAACGAAAAACAAAGCGAAAGGCAGCCAGGGGCAGUUCCCCGUCACCCAGAAUGUGACAGUAGUGGAGGGGAGCACAGCCAACAUGACCUGCCGUGUGGAUUACAAUGAUAACACCUCCCUCCAGUGGUCAAACCCUGCACAGCAGACGCUCUUCUUCGGGGACAAGAAAGCAUUGAGGGAUAACCGGAUCGAGCUGGUUCGAGCCUCCUGGAAGGAGCUGACCAUCAGCAUCAGCGAGGUGACUCUGUCAGAUGAGGGACAGUAUACAUGUUCUCUCUUCACCAUGCCCGUCAAGACCUCCAAGGCCUUUCUCACAGUACUGGGAGUACCAGAGAAACCAGAAAUUAUCGGCUUCUCAAGACCCGCUGUGGAGGGAGAGGAUGUCACGCUCACAUGCAUAACAUCUGGGAGCAAACCAGCUGCCGACAUUCGAUGGUUCAGAAACGAGAAGGAGGUGCAGGGUGUGAAGGAGGUGAACGCCACAGGCCGGUCGUUCACAGUGAGGAGCACCGUACACCUCCGGGUAAACAGAAAUGAUGACGGAGCAGCAUACACCUGCAGCGUGGAGCACAUAACUUUGAAUUCAACUCCUCACCAAGUCACAGAGGUGCUGGAGGUCCACUAUGCACCUCAAGUAGAGAUUGUACACUCUUUAAUUGUGCCGCAAGAAGGACAGUACUUCAAACUGGAGUGUGUAUCCAAAGGCAACCCAUUGCCUGAGCCAGUGUUAUGGACAAAAGACGGCGGAGAACUUCCUGAUGUUGAACGAAUGAUCGUGGAGGGCAGAGAAUUAAUCAUCACAACCCUCAACAAAACAGACAAUGGCACAUAUCGAUGCGAGGCCAGCAACCAUAUUGGGACCAACAGCGAUGAAUAUGUGCUGUUUGUAUAUGAUCCCAAUGCGCUGACUCCACACGGUCCUGAUCACGCGCUGAUCGGCGGAGUUGUGGCCGUGGUGGUCUUCAUCACCCUGUGCUUCAUCAUCGUCCUCGGCCGCUAUCUGGCCAGACAUAAAGGGACAUACUUAACCAAUGAGGCCAAAGGAGCAGAGGACGCCCCUGAUGCAGACACUGCCAUCAUCAAUGCGGAGGGGAACCACGCACAUGCAGAGGAAAAGAAAGAAUAUUACCAGGGAGCGGCAAGAAAUGUGGUUCAUCUCAAGUCGGAAAACCUUGGCUUUGCCAAUAAUUACGCUUUAAGGGAAGAAUAUGUGCGAUGCAUAAUGUGAAUAUUUAUUGUUUGUCUAUUUUUUUUUAUUAUACAUUGUGAAAGUGGUUGUUCUCUGAAGUGUACUCCAUAACAAGAAUGUUGUAUAAAGGCAAAAGAAAGGACACUGAUAUUUAUGUAAUAUAUAGAUACCAAAAAAAAAACAACAAAAAAAAAACUGACAAACACAUUAAAAAGGGAGAAAAUGAUCAUUGAAAGCACAACUGAUGAUUGUUCCUGACCUAAUGGAUCUAUCAUUCUGGUUAUUCUGUUCAUAUCUGUCUGUAUAUUCUUGCACUGUUUAUAUAUGGCCCUUACUUUCUUUUUAAUGUCUAAAGAUGUUUAAAACAUAUAAGCACAAAGUCAUUGUUAAAUGUCAUUGGCUUAGACAGUCUCAGGAUGAAAAAAAGAGCCUAAUUUUGUUUCAUUUUGGUUCAUUUAAUGAAUGGAAGUUUUUUUCCUCUGUCUGUACUGUUGGAACAGUCAUUUGUUCAACAUAUGAACUGGAGAUUAAGACUGGUUCAUUUAAAAAUUGCAGUUUCAAUAUUUAUUUGACUGAUUACCCCUCGCUAAUAUUGCUGUACAAUACUUUGCUGAAGUGAUUAUUGGUGGAAAAUAUUGUUAAAAUAUGGGAUUCCAUAGAUCAACAUUUGUAUAUUAGUCAAUACGGGGCAGGCUUUCUAGACACAGAUGAGAUAAAAUUAUGUUGUCAAUUGGGAUUCUUCAUAGAAAACCUGUUUUACUCUUGGACUUCACUUAAUCUGUGCCCUGAAAAUCAGCUCAUAGCAAUUUAAAGUGUUCCAUACUUUUAUAAUUACAUUCACAUAAGUGACGAACAAGUUUUUUUUGUUUGUUUUUAGCACAAAGCAUGUAUAUAAUGUGAAUAAUUCAGUAUUUAGUAAUUUGUUUAUUUAACUGAAUUUUAAAUCUUUAUUGUUCUGUUGCACACAUUUCAUGUUUGUAUGUCUACUUUAGCUUCUCAACACUGCUUAUUACUUUUGGUAAAACUGAUGGACAAAUACAAUGUAUUAUUAUUAUUAUUAUUAUUAUUAUUAUUAUUAGUGUGCUUUUAUAAGCUUGUGAGUAAGUAGGAUGAGUUUUUCAUGAGAAGGUCAGAACAAUCACCAUUAUUGCCUUUGUGUUUGCAACAAAACAUACAACACUUAAGCACUGCUGAGUCGGGCAGUUUUUAAACAUGUUUUAAAUGUUCCUACAUUAUUCCACUAUUUAUAACAUCAAAUAGAAUUUAGACAUUUUGUAAGAACCAUUAAUUUAAUUUGCUCUUUUUUUGGCUACAUGAGAAAAUGUGUGAGUUUUGCUUUUACAGUAUUAAAUAUCCAUUUUCCAAA